CUCCGACGAGCCUUUGUAUGGUACGCCAACAAGCUCGACACACAUCCUCUCCUCACCAAGGGCAUAACCAGCGGAAUUAUUGCGGGGAGUGGUGACUUUCUCUGUCAAACACUCAUAUCAAAUCGAGACGACGUCUGGGACCACGCACGGACCGGUCGAUUCGCCUUACUGGGAACCGUCCUGGUGGCUCCGGCCAUUCACGUUUGGUACGGAGCGUUGGCGGCACGCUGGCCCGGAACGAAGGCAACGGUGAUCGCCACGCGCGUGUUUUGGGAUCAGUUCAUCUUUACGCCGGUAUUUCUACCGGUCUGGAUGGGAUCGCUGUGGACCUUGGAAGACCGCCAUCAAAGCUUGAGUAGCGAUAUUAUACCACGGAUUGCCAAUUCGUUGCCCGAAAUUCUCGUUGCGAACUGGGCGUUGUGGAUUCCCGUCCAAGCCUUCAACUUUUAUACGUUGCCGACCAAGUACCAGGUGCUGUUCAGUAAUGUGGUCGGACUGCUAUGGAAUGCGUACUUGAGCUAU